CCGGAAAAUGACAAAUGUGGAAAAUAAUAAAAAAAACAUCCACCCCUGGUUUUUCUUUUUCCUUUCUUUUCAUCCCAAUUUGAGCGUGCGUCUAUUUCUCUUCGUGCACUGCUAUCUUUGUCUUUUCUUAUGAAGCGUUUCACGAGGAUGAAGGAAGAAAAAAAAAGAAGAAAAAGGCGAUGUUACGAGCAUAUAUUUACGUUGGAUAAAGGUCGAGACGGGUCCUUUGGUUUCCUGCGAAGGCCCGGUCCGGCGGGAUGGUUUGACGUGGGGUUGGCAUUGGCAAAGUUGAGUUGAUGAGGCAAUAAUGCCGUGGAUUGAGAUGGCGGCGGAGCAACACUUCCGGAAUUAACUGGAAAAUGAGGCUCCAUGAAAAAAAACAACAGUGAGCGAAAAUGAGAGUGGAUAAAAGAAGAAAAAAGAGACGGUGAGACGGGUGGUCAAAGUUGCAUACAGGGAAGCUGUAAGAACAGUCACCUUUCCCUUUUGGUGCCCCUUCCAUGUUUGUCUGGCUCUUUUCCCAACUGAGUGCAGAAAUUUUUCCACCUUGUUCUCCGCGUCUUCUUUCUUCUAUGCACCCAUUGACCUUCAUUUUUAUACUUGCAAACAUAUUUGUGAGCAUCGCAUAUGCUGCAAAACUCCAAGGCGCUAUUACGACCAAUGGUAUCCUUACAGAUUUAGACAAAUUAAACUCGGCUACUCGGGUCAUCUUGAACGGAGGCCAGUAUUCUGCAUUUCUUCGACGGGACGGUCAAUUUUCACUAGAUCACGUCGCUCCCGGCUCUUAUUUAUUGGAAGUGCAAAAUAUCGACUAUGUAUUUCCUCGGUUACGCGUGGACGUGAGUGACGAUAACUCUAUCAAAGCCGCAUUUACAGGCAUCGGUGUGGGAUGGGAUAAUACGGGCUAUUCGGUGAAUCAUCCAUUUGAUUUAAAAGCAAAAUCCAAGGCUGAGUAUUUCAUGGAGCGACAAGCUUUCAACGUGUUGGGCAUGUUCAAAAACCCCAUGUUCUUGAUGCUCGGUGUGAGUGGUGUCAUCAUGUUUGCUAUGCCAAAGCUGAUGGCCAAUAUGGAUCCUGAAACCAUGAAGGAAAUGGCUCAAUCGCAAUCCGAUGCGCAAAAGAUGCUCUCCGAUAUGCCCAACCUUUCAAAGAUGUUUGGUGCAAGUCCAAAUCCGAGUCAAGAUAAACCCUCCCGAACAUAAACCGUGUUCAAAAAUCCCAUUAGCAGUCCUCAUUCUCGUUCAACGAACAAGUCACCGUAAAAAUACAGAUACAGUUCAUUUUGCUUUUUUUUUUUUUGUUUU